UGCGUGUCUGUAUGUGUGCGUGCGUGCGCUGCUCCAACACCUCAAAUACUUCAUGUUGAGUCCGGAGUAUGCGAGUGACGUGUCAUGGCAGCUUUCCAUGAAGAAGUUUAGAUUGCUCAUUAUUUCUCUGAGUUUUUGUUUUGUUGGUUUUUCAUUGUGAGUGUAAAACCCAGGAUGUCCUCUUGUGACCCUUUCCUUAAUAGUCGCGGCCAGCGUUUAUAGAAAACACCUCAUCAUUGUGUCUGGGGUUUGAUUUAUUUGCGACACCAGCGGUCUGAAACUCUUCACUCUUUCUUUUGUGCUUCCUGUUAGAGCUCAUCUUGUUUCUCACAGCUCUGCUUGGAAAAUAUUUUGUCUUGUGAGGAAGUGGGAGAGGAAAAAAUCUGCAGAGGCUGGUGUGUGUAUAUCUGCUGGCGGUGUCAUGAAGAGAAUUAAAACACAUCAGCAUCCUAAUCUGUCCGUUACACCAGGAAUCAUGCUCGGCAUUAUCCUGCAUUACCCUGGUCCUCACCCCUCUCCCUUUUAACAGAUGUGUUUGUUGACAGAGCCGUGAGAUCCAAGCAGGAGGCACGAGGUGUUGCUCCUCUGAGAUCAGCAGCACGCGUCUGUGUUUGAUCCCCUGACUUCAAGGGCUCUGCGCCGGCUGGUUGUCAUAAAAAGCCGGCAUGACUUGUAGCUGUCUCCGUGUUUCAGCUGAUCAGAUUCUUGCAGGACAGAUAAGACGUGCGUGUUCUGACUGCAGAAGGAUGCUGGAUGUCAGCCUGCUCAGACAUGUUACAGUAGAUUGUUUGGGUCACCAGUGGAGGAGUGUUAUCGUCACAGCCCUUCAUUUGGUUCGUUUUUCCCCUCUUCUUGCUCAUCCUCCUCUUCUGUAAAUCUGUCCAUGGUUCAUGAGCAACAGAAGAACCAAGAGGAAACUUUUGCUUCCUUCCUCACCUGAACUGUUAUUGUAAAAAUGUGUUGGAUAUGAACGAGGAACUUGUGUAUUUACAGAUAUUAGAGUUUUGUUUGGUUUCCACGGUCUCAGCGUGUCUGCAACCAUCUGUGAUUUCCUCACAGCCACCCAGCUUUUCUGCAGCCUAAGGAAAAAUCGGACCUUCUCCUUUGCCUCCUGGACAGUGACCCAGAAGGGCGGUUUCCACUGGUCUGAACCACAGAGAGAAGAGCACCCCCUCACAGAAGAACCAUAAUUACACAGCUUUGUGUGCUUAUUCUCAGCUGUGACUCAGUGAGACAUGUGGCCUGUGUUUGUGUGAAUGCUGCGUGCAUGGCAGAAGCUUUGUGCUCGUGUGUAAACUACGUGCACAUUGUGUUUGUAAGUGAAAGCUGACUGGAUAAACAAUUAGAGUCACGGAUGAAGUGAGGUGGGAUACAUUUAUGUAAUUCUUCUAAAUGGGACUGCUCUAGCCUAAGCUAUGACCCAUAGACAGACCUCAGUUGUGGGGCGGAAUCCAUAGCUGUCUUUCAAAAUGUCUCCACACGCAGUUGGACAGCGCUAGGACCAAUCAGAGCAAAGAACAAUGUGACGUAUUCACAGGGAGCCUAAAGGUUGGUUUGUGCUUGACGCGUCCGCGAGUUUUGCACGGCUCCGCGUGGCAAAAUUGCAUCAUUUUAACAACCACGCCCCUCCUCCGCACCCCCGCACGGCCCAAACUUUCCACACCGCUCACCUAGGAAAUUUUCUAACCACGUGGACGGUCGAACAUGGAAAAUCAUGGCGGGCUGGCAAGAACUAGUAUGGCAGAGUUUGUAAAUACAGACAUUUGUAUGAUUCAGCUCUCAAAGAUCACCGUGAUCAACAUGUUGUUAAUAAUUCUUGGAGAGAAAUAGCUCGCACUGUCGAAAAAGACGAGGACGCUGUAAAAAAAUGCUGGAAAAACAUGAGGGGCCGAUGUGUGAAGGCAAGGAAGGGGAACAAACGGAAAAACGGUGAUCCUGGUGGAAACAAGAACACUCCACCAAUUCUAAAAGAGCUGAGUUGGCUCUCAACUUUCAUUAACAACUGUUAUAGACAACAGUAAUUUAUUAAGUACAUUAAGUACACAUUAAGUAAAUGUGUCGAGCAUAAACCAAGCUUGAGUCUCCUAACUUUCCGGUCGGCUCCUGGGUCCCCAGAAGAAUGAAAAAUCGAAUGCAAGUCAAUGAGGCUACAAGAGCUGUUUUCUAAUCCUGUUUGCUAUGUGCCAUGAAUUUCACAUAUGAUGUCUGUGAAUUUUAAAGACACAUUUUGGUGCCAAGAAAGGGCUCAUUUUUGAAUGAGAGCAAAUUUUAUUUCAGGUUUUUUUGUGAAAAAACAUCCAGGACUACAAUGCGCAUCAACAAAGUGACGCAGUCAAACCAGACUUGUUCAUGGGCUUUUAUAUGCAAACAAUGUUUGACCACUAGGCCGUUCAAUGCCAAGACUUAACAUUAAAAUGCUGCAGUUCAUUUCAAAGCUAACUGUGUUGCUUUUACACGUAGGAACUGCUGAAUAAUGAACUCAGUGGCCUUAGUGCGUUUACAUGCAGCCAGUAACCCUUUUAAAACCCGAAUAUUCACAAUAACCCGGUUCCGCAGGUCCAUGUAAACACCGCCAAAAACCCGGAUAUGCUCAUAACCGGGUUUUUAAAAACCCGGUUACUACACCUGGGGUAACCCUUUUCUAACCCGAAUGUUUGGUCGUGUAAACGCAUGUCGGGAUAUCCCCAUCAAAGCGUGUGUUCUGCGCAUGCUCUGUUCGCAACGAAUCUUGGUCUUUUGAGUAGCGAGACGUCUUGUAUGCGCCAGAACACCGGAAGUAAACAACAAGUUGGGAGCAACGUGGCGAGUCGCGGCACAGCACCACACUUUGAGUGACGAGGAAACUAAAGCGCAAACAAACGCGGUCGCUAUCUCUUCCGAACUGGGAAACAUGUCGUUGUUUUCACGGAUACCGGAACAAGAAGAACCGGAAAUUACGCAUAUUGCGUCUGGACGUAGUCCAUACGUCCUGACGCUACCCCAACGCCCGCAUUUAAAUCGGGUUAUGCAAGUUAGAGGUAACUCUUUCUAUUUAUGCUUGUAAACGGGUUAUUCUGAUCAACUCAGAAACCCGAAUACCGACCUUAACCCGAUCAUAACCCGGAUUUUGGCUGCAUGUAAACGCAGUUAGGAAGCAAUGUCAGCAUCAAAGCACUUUUUGUUAUUUUGAGUGUGAAAUAAAAAAUAAUCUAAGCUACUUUGCUAACAAUGUCCCCAACUAUUAGAGGUGCUGAAAAAAAUCAAUUCAAGUCUGAAUCGAGAUUCUUAUUUAUAAAGUUUCAGAAUCGAUUCCAAGAACUCAAAUAUUUGGCAUGUUACAGGUUUGAGAUGCACUUUUUUGAUCUUUGUUAGUAGAGUCAGUACUCCGAUUACCUUUGUGGUCCCAUAAAUUGAGAUGAUUCAUGUUUGAAUCUGCUGAUAAGAGGGCACUUGAAUGUCAUUUUUUCCAUACUCAGAAAUUUGAGAUAUUCUCAUGUUUAUUUUCUAAGUUGAUAAACAAGUACUCAGGAUUACUCAUGUAACUUGUUUCUACACAUACUUGAAAAGUAUUUGACUGUAUUACUUUCUAAGCUACAGUUAGGUAACUACAGAUUUGUUAUAUUUUACAAGGUAAGCAAAAAUAAAUGUUGCCUUUUUACCAGUUGGUAUGCCAGUUUUAGAAUCGCUUUAUUUUACAUUGUAAAUUUGCAUUUUUGGAGCACGACCAGUUUAAAGUCAAAUAAAAAUGUCCCAUAGCUUUAACUAACUUGUACAACAAAGUAGUUCAUCCUGGAGCUGACACUCUUUGUUAAUACUGAUUGUGAAUCGAUUUAAAUUGAGAAUCGAUUCUGAAUCGAAUCAAAUCGUGAGUUGCCCUAAGAUUCACAUCCCUACCAACUACUCUCCAACACGUCUCAGUCAUUUCACAGCUUUGUUUUCACUCAGAGGAAUGCGCAGCCUCAACAUGAACCCGCAUUGCAAGACGACUCACAGUGGGAAAAAACGUAGCAUUUAUGCAAGCCCUGCUCUGAAACGUCAGCUGCAUUACCCAAAAAGUUUAUAGUGUGUGUUCGCAUCAUUAGUUUAAAUACAUGUUUCUUGGAAAAAAUGCCACACACUCGAUUUUCUUGGAUGUAAAAUGAGAAAAAGAAUCAGUAAACAAAACCCUGUUAGAGAAAAUUAUAAAUCAGAUACCGACCCGCAGCCAAGAGCACCCUACCUGUUCCUGCUGGAUUAGGACGACUCUGUUGGGAAAAUUAUCCUCAUGGAUCUGUGUGUGUGUGUGUGAGUGUGUGUGUGUGUGCGCGCACACGCGUGCAUGUGUGUGUGUGUGCAAGAUAGACAAAAAUAACAGAAACACACAAAUAGGAAACAUCUUGUUUCAUUCGAAUUUCCGAAAUUUCACAACUUUUUCAACCAAACCUGUAAAGUUUGGUGUCUGUUGUGUCAUCCACCGUUUUGUAAAGUAAAGUAGCUGCAGGCUGUGAUUUUAUCCACGUUUUAUUUUUUUUAAUUUUUUUUUUACGUCUUUAAAAACACAAACUCCAUAGUUGGGAAGUUGACUGUUCCCACUUUGUAGUUGUUGUUUUGAGUCCUCAGAGCCCAGAUUUUCCUUUUGCCACCCUUUCACCUCAUCGUGGCGCAGAAACUAUGCAGCCCAUUGUGUUUUUUUAAACCUUGUGUAGGUUACGGCCUAUACGGAUAUGACGGCCGUCUUCGGUCAAGUCGGCACUUGUCCCGCCGUGCAGCAGGUGAAACCUGUUGAGCCUCUCUGUGAUUAGCCGUCUGCAGCAACAUGGUCACCUGUGUGCUGCUUUCGCCCGUAUCCUGGACUCCUGGCUAUUUGGUGAGAACCGCGCAGCGUGUGCGACCACAUCUGGAGGGAGAGGUCCGUUUUUCUGACAGAUUUAGUGCUGAGGUGUAGGUGUCACCGUGCUGUAUGGGUGUAUUAUUGUAACACCAGGACUCAGAGUUUAUAGUCGAUAAAAGAGGUCAUCUUGACAUCCAGCUGUUUUAUUUUCAUCAAGACUUGUUUCUAUCCUCUAUCCAAGUCCGCUAACGAUCAUCCUCCCUCCUCUAUGUUUUCCACUCUUAACCAUGAGAAGAUAAAUGCAGUGGCAAAAGUUUUCUUUCUCUUUGUGCUGGAAAUUGGCCCCUUUCUCUUUUUUUUGUCUGCUGAGUGGAAGGGAGGAGGAGGAGGAGGCAGGGCCGGAUUUUGGUGAAGUUCAGUGCCGAGACCACAGCUUUGCCACUUUGUUUGUGCAGCCUCACUAACACACACGUGCAGGAGAUCUUUUUCUUCUUCUUCUUCUUUUCAUCCUGCAACAGACGGAUUCAUCCAGACAUCAAACCAACCGGAUGUGUCUUCAUUCUAAAUGUUUGCUCGCAAUGGUGACUCUUUGGAUUGGAUGGGGUGUUUCUGUCUGCAGAUGACAUUCGAACCAACGAACAAGUUCAAUAGAAAAAGCAAAGUAGAAAGGUGAGAGAGUUAAGGAUGGAGCUGAUGCUGGCUGUGAUAAGGACCCGUGAGUUCUGGAUCAGCGUGAAGAUGAAGUGAUUUGGAGGUAAAGAGACAGCAGGAGAAGAGAGGGAUAGAGAGACAGGACAGUGGGAGGGAGGAUAGAUGUGAAAUCCAGCCCUCUGCGGUAGCGGUGUGUGUGUUUUGGGGGUGGACAGAGUGUGUGCAGAACAUCACUGGAUGCAGAGAGGGAGGGACAUGGCCACUUGUUCUGUGUGUGUGUGUGUCUGUAGUGAAACCAGACCUACCUCUGAUCCCUGCGCCACACACACACACACACACGCACACACACACACUCCAUCUGCUGCCAGAAGCCCACCUUCUGCAUCCUCGGGCCGAACCUCAUCUGCUGGUGGUGCAGAGUGAAUUCAUGGAGAUCAGAGUGAAAGGCUGCGGUGUGGAAAAUGUGGGAUUGAACUUUCCAAAGCCACGGAUCAGAUCCAGGAAGCAAAAAGUUCAGACUUUUGAGUGAAUAAGUGGAGGAAACUUUUGGUCGUUUUGUGUUUCUUCUCAUGGACUUUGUCCUGGACUGUGAGUGGAGUGUGAGCAGCCCGUGGAGGUGGUGAGUGAUGCGGGUCUGACUGAACUCAGCACUCCGAUGCCUGCCGCUAUGCUCCCCUGCGCUGCACCAGCCGGGUCCGACUGGAGCUUCCAGAACGCAGUGGGGGUGGACUGCAGCUCCCCCGAGCCUCGCUGCAUUUGGCUGGCCGUCCUUCAUGGAACCACGGGUCCAAAUCUGCUCUCUGCACCCCCCCUGCACAGCCAGCGCUCUCACCAGCUACGGCCUAAGGGACGGAGGGAUGGUCAAUCCUCAGCUGGUGACAACCCUAGGCCACCGUUGGCGACCCGGCCGGGAAGAGAGGGGGUCGGCAUGGGCUGGAAGGGUCCCCGGACACUGGUUCUCCAUAAGAACUCCCAGGGUUUUGGGUUCACACUACGCCACUUCAUCGUUUACCCUCCAGAGUCGGCGCUGCACACCAACCUGAAGGAUGAGGAGAAUGGUAACGAAAAAGAGUUCCAGAGGGGUCGACUGGAGCCGAUGGACACCAUAUUUGUGAAAAAUGUGAGAGAAAAAGGCCCGGCUCACCAGGCGGGCUUGUGCACAGGGGAUCGACUGGUGAAGGUCAACGGAGAGAGCAUUCUAGGAAAGACGUACUCACAGGUGAUCGCUCUCAUUCAGAACAGUGAAGGCGUGCUGGAGCUUUCCAUUAUGCCAAAAGAUGAAGAUGUGCUUCAGCUGGCGUACUCCCAGGAUGCUUACCUGACGGGGAACGAGCCUUACAUCGGGGGAGCUGAGAAUCUCCCCCCACCACCUCCUCUGUGUUACCCCCCCACCAAGAGUCCUGGAACCCCUCUGUCUGCUCACAUGGUCCAGAACCAGCUGGAUAACUGGAGUUGCUGGCCAGGCUCUUCCAGCCCUUCAUCACCUUUGGACAACCGCUCUGCUGUAGGCAGCCCAGCCAGCUGGCAGGAGGGGCGAGCAGGUGAGCCAGGAGGUGUGGGUCACAGUAGUCCAGCUCAUCGCACCGAGGAGAUCCAGUACGGUAUGACCAGCCAGCAGCCUCAGGGUCAGACCAGGAGACGCUCCUAUUCUUCUUCCUCCUCAUCAGGAGGUCCUCUGUCCAGCCCGCUACAAGUCCACUACCCCAACCACCACGGUGCCGUCUCCUCUCAGGCUCUGUCGCGCAAGUCCAGCUCAGCCUGGACCAGCCCCCCUAUGCCUCAGGUCCGCCAGAGCCGCAAUGAGCGCUGUCAGCAGGCUCUGUCUGACUGGUACCACAGCCAGCAACCUGAGCACUCGGGACGCAGCAUGCAAACCCGCCAUCGCAGCUACUCUCAAGAUCGCCUCAGUGACUACCGGAGGCAGCAGCGGACUGGUGGCUGGCCUCACAGUGCCUCCCAGGACACCCUCUUUUUACUGCAGCAGUCAGGAUCAGGUGCUCAUGGUGAGCCCCGCUGGCCCAGUGGAGACUGGGAGGCUGGGCCUGGUCGGGGUCAUCCUGCCUCCAACUACACUAAAACGCGCUCCGAAAACCUACUGGCCCAAUAUGACCGCCACGGCCGCUCGUUAGAGAUGCUGGAUCGAGCUUCAGCAGGACUGGUCUCGGCCCGCUCUGAGAGGCAACCGUGGUCCCAGCAGGCCUCUCAGCCUUCUCACAGGACUGAUGCCUACCCGAGGCCGAGGUGCCACACCACGGCAGCACAAGCCUCUUCAGUGCCUCGACAUUCCCAGCCUGAACACCAAAUGCAGUCUCAGCAGGCCGCUCUUCGAAGCAGGAGGCUCCCCGCUGGGCAGAGCAUGGAUGAGCAGCAGGGCUACCGCAGCUACAGCCCCUCUUUCUACCGCAAGACAGGACGCAUCCUGCAAGCCCACUCCUUCAGGGACCCGUCUUACUCUGGGCCCCACUUGAACUGGAACCCAGUCCCUAAAAGCAACGCCCCAGUGGUAACAUCAGCACCUCUCACCGCUUCUACUGCAUCUCCUCUCAUCUCUGUCACUCCUGAAUCCCAAAACCGAGCAUACAGGCCGACAAACCACGAGAGGGAACGAGGGACAGUGGACGUACAAGGAGAGGGGACGCAAACCCAGGAGGUGGUCCUAAGGCAGAAAGCCACCAUCAGGGGAAGGAACACUAACAGAAAUCCUCCUUUUGCGCUACGUAUGGACCAGCUAGAACCCGGGUUGUUCUCUCCUGAUCCCAAAGACUCAACUGGUACCACUGGUUCUGCUGCAGACGUAGCCCCGCGCAAACCUAAUGGCAGCCUGGCCCCCCUCUCCUUAGAGGAUGACUCUCUGGCCUCCAUCCCAUUCAUAGACGAGCCGACCAGUCCUGGUGCUGAUUUGCGUGCCCGCCACGUGCCGGCGUCCUCCGUUGUGUCCAGCGGCAUGAGUCCAGCACCCGCCGCGGGCACCAGCCCCGCCUCCCCCACCUUCACCUUCCCCCUCACUAGGCUCUUCUCACAUGACUGCAGAAGUAUUAAAUCGACUCGCCGUUCCUCCUAUCUUCUAGCCAUCACCGCCGAGCGAUCCAAGUCAUGUGAUGAAGGCCUCAACACGUUCAGAGAAGGGCGAGAGUCAAGGCAAACAAAAAGGGGGAAGACGUUCUUGAGAGACGGGUCUCUGGACAACAUUGGGACGGAGGAGGUUCGAUCCAAACGACACUCCACCUCCGAGCUGGGAAACAUCACUUACAGCGACGUACGGAAAGAAGGAUGGCUUCACUUCAAACAGAUCCUCACGGAGAAGGGCAAGAAAGUAGGCAGUGGCAUGUGGCCGUGGAAACGGGUCUACUCGGUUCUUCGCACCCAUUCGUUGUUCCUUUACAAGGACAAGAGGGAAGCUGUGCUCGGCGGGGCCAAGAUCGGAGGCACAACAGAGGACGAGCAACAGAUCAGCAUCCAGAGCUGCCUGGUGGACAUCGCUUACAGCGAGACCAAGAAAAAGCACACGCUGCGACUGACCACACAGGACUUCUGUGAGUACCUGCUGCAGGCAGAGGACAGAGACGACAUGCUGGAGUGGAUCAAGUUCAUCAGGGAUGGCAGCAAGACUGACAGCGAGGAACUGUUCUCCAGACAGGCCCUCAUCAAUAAGAAGCUCAAUGACUACAGAAAACAAAGUCCGACAUCAAGCAAACCGGAUUCGUCUCCCAGAAUGCAUCGGAUGAUAUCUCCAUUCCUGCUCAAGACAGAAAAUGCAUCCGGAGCACCGCGCUCCCCAAAACCAGAGGUCAAAGAUGAGAACAACCCUCCGAAGUCUCCGUGGGGAAUUAACAUCAUGAAGAAGACAAAGAAGGCCGGGCCCAAAGCUUUUGGUGUGAGGUUAGAGGAAUGUCAUCCGGGAGUAAACAACAAGUUCAUCCCAGUGAUUGUUGAGUUCUGCUGCGGUUUGGUGGAGGAGAUGGGUCUGGAAUACACCGGAAUCUACCGGGUUCCCGGGAAUAACGCCAUGGUGUUGCAGCUUCAGGAGCAGCUCAACAAGGGAGUCGACAUCAACCCUGCUGAGGAGAGGUGGCAAGACCUGAAUGUCGUCAGUAGUUUACUCAAAUCCUUCUUCAGGAAGCUUCCAGAACCUCUUUUCACCAAUGACAAAUAUAACGAUUUCAUAGACGCCAAUCGGAUGGAAAAUCCAUCGGAGAGACUGAAAACCAUGAAGAAACUGAUCCGAGACCUUCCUGAUCAUUACUUCCACACUCUAAAGUUCCUGAUUAGUCACCUGAAGACUGUGGCAGACCACUCGGAUAAAAACAAGAUGGAGCCUCGUAACUUAGCUCUGGUGUUUGGACCAACCCUGGUUCGGACGUCUGAGGACAACAUGAAAGACAUGGUCACGCACAUGCCUGACCGCUACAAGAUCAUAGAGACGCUCAUCCAACACUGCACCUGGUUUUUCACCGAGGAGCUCGAUAAGGAUGAAAAGACUCCGGUGGACACCGAGGACGUGCAGCCCGCCCCAAACAUCGACCACCUGCUGUCCAACAUCGGCAGGACAGCUUUGCUUGGGGAGGCUUCAGACUCAACCAACAGUGAUCCAGGUAAACCAAAGUGGAUUUGGGGAUCAAAGAAGGACCGUGGGUCAAAAGACUUCCUGGCUCUGUCCAUCGUGACCGCCGUUACGGGCCGUAAACGCCACAAGGACCGCCGUGUGGGCAGCAGCACCGAUGACGACUCUGAGCAAGAGCCGUUCAAGGUGGAGGAUUUGCCAGUGGGAGGCCCUGCUCCUCAUGCAAAAGAAGAGGAGGAUGAUGAGGAUGAAGAGGAGGAGGAGGAAGAGGAGGAGGAAGUUGUAGGAAAUGGAGAAAAGGAGGAAGUAGAGGAGCAGGUGGUACCAGUUCUUCCGUGCUGUAAAGAGGAAGAAGAGGCUGGAGGACAGCAGACAGCCAUGUUGUUAUCAAAGGAGGGCGUUCAGGCGGAGGUGAAGGAGCAGCCGUGGAGAGCCCCAGAGGAUGCUCGCUCUAUCGUAUCUGGUUACUCCACCCUCUCCACUUUAGGGCGGAGUCUGGGGUCGGAGGGCAGGGGUGACGAUGCUGACGAUGAGCAGAGCGAGCUGGUGAGUGAGACGGACAACGAGAGCGGCUUCGCCUCCCGCUCCCUCACCCAGGAGAGACCCAGUAAACAAACGCCACCGAACCCGGCGGCGCCGCGCAGCUUCCUCUACUCUCACUGCAAACCCCCCGUCCUCUCACACACACCCCUCCUCUCCCAACCCACCUCCAUCACGCACACCCCCGACUCCACAGAGAGGAGUGAAGGAGGAGGAGCGCGUUCCACUACUCCAUCCUCCUCCUUUUCCUCCUCCUCCACUGCCCACAGACUCCACACACGGCCAUCCUUUAACUCCCACAAGCUGAUCCAGUGCGACACGUUGGCCAGGAAGAAGCUGAAGUCAGAAAAGUCCAAGGCUCGGUCCCAGGAACGCCUAGAAUCUCAGGGUGAAGGAAGCGGCUCCGGGUCAGAAGGUACAGCUCGAGCGAGGAGGAACAGCUCCAGAACCAACCCCUCAUCGGCGAGCAGCCAGGAGAGCUUGCUGUCCCGGUCCAAACCUGCCCUUCCACCCAGUGAGGUCGUCUCCUUCACCCCGACUGGACCCAGUGGGAGGUCUCUGGCUGAGCACGUACGGGCCCGGCUGCUGGGUUCGGCCGACGAUCUGCGCAGCGUGGGGAUGAGGAAACAACCGUCGCCUGAAACCCGCAGGAAGAAACGAGCAUGGCGUCGACACACCGUGGUGGCCUCCCCCUCUGAGUCAUCCGAGAAGAGACCUCCACUUAUCGUAAACGACUUCCCGCUGUCCCCCAUCAGUCAGAACCAGGUCAAAACACGCGGGCUGGCUCAGAGUGUCGAUGGUCUGCACCCAGGACCGGUUCCACGUCAACCACCCGCCUCUAGAUUCCACCAGUACCUGUGAGGCUUGGGGGGGGCUGACCCGGUUCCUGUCUGAGAUCGGGUCAAACACAGUCUGUUUGGUUCUGAUCAGCUCCAUUUGCAUGACAGGUGGGACUUCAGUGUUGCCAAAGUUCUUUUUGUUUUGUUUUCUUUGAGUUCUUUCUUAAGAUAACACCGAACACGAUGGUUGGGAAUUCCAGGAAUUUCAAUUUAAAUAACAAACGAGAAUCCUUCCUGUGUCCUCCUCCUUCCUGCCUGAUCCACCGGGGAGAAACGACCAGAGCAGACCACAGACCGCUUCACUCCCACUCUUCAAAUAAACGGUGCUUUCCAUCAAAUCCAUCAGAUUUAAAACCCGUGACACCACAGGGAGCUCCGCUUUUAACCAGUCUUCCUAACCAGUAGCUGACCACACUGUAAAGCUCUAAUUUCAUCCUCUCACCAGGUGUGUCAUUCACUCACAAACACACGAAACGCGCUCGUCUCUAUUUGUUAAUAGUUCUUGUGUGUUGGCGCUAAAGCACGUCUGAGCAGGUGUUUGUGUUUUGUAACAUUUGUACAAAGCCUUGUUAAGUUAACCUUGUAAAUAGAAAUAUGUUUCUUUUUAUUUUUCUCAGUCGUUUUUUUAACGGUUUACAAAAUUUGCACUUAAGUGCAGUCUUUACUUUCAAGAUGUUACUUGAAAUGUUCCCCUUAAUAUAUUCUUUGUGUAAUGUGUUUAUAUUCUAUGUAUAAUUCUAUAUUUUGUAUUAAAGCAAAAGUACAUUAUUGUGAUGGGACCUCUUGGGCGUACCUGUUCAUAAAAACGCCUGCUCCUUGUUUCCUCGUAGAUGGCCUUUCUGGUUUUUACAGCACUGUGCAGAAAUAAUGUAGAGCACGACGUUCGGCGUGUAAAACUAUUCAGGAACCGCACACAGCAAGGUGUUAGGGGCUGGGCUCAAUUCCACCUGUAAGAGACCGCUAAAGCCUGAAAGUGUAAACGUGUGUUUUCAGCUGUCGGCGUGGUCAGAGGUCAUGAAUUUUCCAUAGUCGGGCCCUAAUAAAUCCUCCCUGACUGAAGGAAAGCGUGCAAAGGAGAGCUGAAGUAGAUUUUCAGUUAUUAGCAGGAGGUGUGACGCCUCAUCAGACCAAAUCCUAUUUGAAACACAAAAAUUUGUUCUAAUCUUACCUCAAGAUUCUUCUACAAGUGCCUGAUUUCUGGAAUGUGUUCUUGUUCUGCGGUGCCACACACCGCUCUUAUCUGUCCCCCCCCCUGUCGUCUCCGAGUCUCCCCUCCACCGUAGCUGAUGCUGAAGCGACUGACCCAAAGAUGUGUUCGUCAGCCGCACACAGUCGGAGGCCACUGAAGAGAGAAGGCACACUUGAAGCCAAGGACUCAUCUAUGCACUCGAUGCUGCUACCGGGAAAAAAAAAGGCGUGGAAAUCUCUCGGCUGCUUUUUUCUAACAAACUGAGGUCGUCUCUGUUUACCUGUAGCGAUCCGCUGUGUGUGAAUAUGGUACAACCUAACAAGCCCGACCCACGAAACCACACGAGGUCAACAUCCCGUUUCCUCAGAGUGAACAAACAGCUCACUGACAGGAAACCUCUUCGGCUCUAAAAUGUGAUUUUAUCUAAUGUGUUGUUGUAUUUUAACAAUCUUUUUUUUUUGUACAUACCAUCUUAAUUUGUAACAUAUUGUAAUGUGUACAUUUGGGAUUGAUUAAGAUGUAAAAACAAAAAAAAACAGACUGGACUUGAAGGCUGUUGUGUGGCCUGAAAUCAUUUCCCUCAUGACUGUUUGCUUUAAAGCAAAGUAAUAUGAUGUAAAUAAACAGAACUAUGUCUGAAACAGCA